AAUUAUAAUAUUUAUAAUAAAUUAAUAUAUGCUGUUAUCAAUUCCUAUUCGAUUUUUGUCAAAUACCAGUGUUAUGCCGGAUAAAUUGUUUUCGUGCAUUUAUUUGUUAUUACUAAUUUAUUAGACAGUGAAAAUAAGCGGAUUUAACUACUAUUUAUUAGUUUAUUAUUUUUUGUUACAAUGCGUCUUAUACUUAAAAGAUUUAAUAAUUACGGUUUACGUUGUUUUAAGUCCACAGUACAAUAUUCUACUCAAACACACUUUGGUUUUCAAACAGUUGAUGAAGCAGAGAAAUCUAAAAAAGUGCAUCAAGUAUUUAAAAGUGUUGCGGAUUCUUAUGAUGUUAUGAAUGAUAUAAUGAGCUGUGGAAUACACAGAUUAUGGAAAGAUCAAUUUAUGAGAACAUUGGAUCCCAGUCCACACACUAAAUUAUUGGAUGUUGCUGGUGGAACAGGAGAUGUUGCUUUUAGGUAUUUAAAUUAUAUAUCAGAUAUGAAAGGAGAGGGACAUGUGACAAUUGCUGACAUAAAUAGUUCAAUGUUGGAAGAAGGAAAAAAAAGAGCAUUCAAUUUGAAAUUAAGUCAAAAUAAUAUUUCAUGGGUAGAAUGUGAUGCAGAGCAUUUACCAAUGGAACCAGAUUCAUAUUCAGCCUAUACUAUUGCAUUUGGAAUUAGAAAUGUCACACACAUUGAUAAAGCUUUAGAUGAAGCUUAUAGAGUACUCGAACCAGGAGGUAGAUUCCUUUGCUUAGAAUUUAGUCAAGUUAAUCCAGAAGCUUUAAGAUG